AUGGGUGUGAAAGUUGAAGACAAUGAUAUCUAUGCAUCCCAUCGAUUAGAAAAAAGUAAAAACAGGGCGAUAAUUGUUAGAUUUGUACGCUAUUCUAUAAAAGAAUAUUUCUAUAAAUAUCGUACAAAAUUAAAAUCCAGUGAACUGUAUAAGAAUGUUUAUGUCAAUGAAGAUAUAACAAGUCAUAAUCAUUUCAUUUAUAUGUGCACUCGUGCAAAAUUAGAUAAACGAUAUGUAUUCAGUAAAAAUGGAUAUGUGUAUUAUCAAUCAACAUCAGCUAUUGUUGGUAUGGUUGAAACUUGGUUAUCACCCUUCAUUGAUCCUUACUGUCUUUUAAUUCCAAAUUAUCAACCCGUGUUUAGAAAGGAUAUAAAUAGACAUGGAGGAGGCAUUUUGUUAUAUGCUCGUACUGAUGUUAAUGUCAAACGUCUGAACGAAUUUGAAAAUGAUAAUUUCGAAUAUCUAACAAAUGAGGUAGAUGAAUAUUUUUUUUCAAGAGAAAUUGUUCGGCAUAAUCUGCAUAUGCCAACCACAAAUGAAGAACAGUUAAAUGAGGAAAUGUAA